CCGCAUAUGUGGUGCGUGACACCGCAGCAGCUUUUUGACCUGAGUUGCUGGAGGUACUAAAGGUGGGAGGCUGCUUCCUAAGCAUUGCUGGAGGACGUUUUUGACCCCACAUAACAUACGAUUUUCGUUCCUGAUCUUCGCUGUGAUAAUCGAAAGGUUUUGGAAGAAAGUAGUGGGCUAGAAGAGCCUAUUCACAUCGAGGCCAUGGUCGUAUCAGUUCGCGAGCCAGAGGCUGGUACUGUCUUCUCUGUUGUUUUAUCUAUGGUCUCGAUAGGUUCUUUAUCAAUAUGUCUUUCACGGCGUGUUCAAAAUGUCAGAAAUUGGUCAAGAUUACCUCUUGUCUGCUGGUUGGUUCUUGUCAUAUAUACCGACUCGAUAUUCUUCGCGUCUGGGACAGCGGUCCUGUCAAAUGGGUUUGGAAUUGAUAGUUCGGACUCAAUAUGCACAAAAGCGUUAUUGCUGUGUUUGAGCUGUUAUAUGACAACAAAAGUGUUCAUCUACUUUUUCCUUGUUGAGCGAGCGUAUAUCAUUCGACGAAGCUCGAAGCCGAGAUUGAAAGAUACGUUGUAUCUAUUCAACACCUUUGGAAUGUUGAUCCCUUACUGUGUUGUGAUUGCGUUGAACUUUUACUUUCGCUUUGCUAUUUACGAAAACCGCACUUGUCGAAUAGGAAUGAAAAGAGUUGCAAUGAUUCCUCUCAUCGGCUUCGAUAUCUUGGUCAACGUCUAUCUCACAUCACUCUUCCUAAUCCCCUUACGCUCCCUCUACUCCUACAAAAACAACCGAAACUCCCAAGCCCGCACCGUCGCCCUCCGAACCUUCAUCGGAAGCUGCUGUACCCUCACAUCCAGCGUCGUCAACCUCACCGUCGUCAUGGUCCUGAACGGCGAACCAGGCUGGAUCUGCCUCAUGUGCUGCAACAUCGACAUCCUCUUCUCAGUCCUCGUCCUCCACUGGAUAACAUCCAAAGACAACGCAUCGACGCUCCCCUCCCUGCGCUCCCAACCCACGCCCCCCUCUCCUCGCCCACAACACCCAACCCUCACAUCAACAUCCUCCCCGCUCUCCGACUCGCCCUACGAAAUCGCCUACCUGCCUACGCCGCCUAAACGCCUCGUCCCUCGACCGCCGUUAUGCGAUAUCGAGGCCUACGAGCUGGGGUUAAGUGAGUGGGGAUUGGGUCUGGGGGGGAAGGGUAUGAAGGUCGGUGUCACGACGAUGGUUUCGGCGCGGGAUUUGAGGGAAGAGGGGGAGGAGGGGGAGGAGGAGAGGUUGCCGUUGGGGGUUGUUACUGUUGAGACUAGUACUGGUGAUGCAGGUUUUGGGUGAGGAGGGUUGUGCGGAGGUGAAGGAGAUGGGGAUGAGUGUUGUUGAGGAGGUGGAGAAUGUGGAUAUUGAGGCUGGGAGAGGGGAGAGGGAGAGGGCGAGUACGGAGGAUUUGUUUGGUAAAGAGUGAAGAUGGUGGAUAGUGUUUAAAAGAGUUCGUGGUGUUCAAUUAAAUAAAUAAAUACAUCUACUCACCCUCACUCUCCUUUCAAUUCUAUCUGGGGAGCUUCUUGGUGGUCCGCUUCAAGCGAGGUCUGGAGGUAAAUAGAUUCUUAGUGAGCGAUGCUAGGAAGAAGGACCCUGAGACUAGGAUGUGAUGUCAAACCCUAUGCUGUGAAGUGAUUAGCCGAGAUGUAGGUCUUGAAGUUGUUCGUUCUCUGCUACAUAAACCUGUGGCUGGUGUAUUCGACUGGUUGACGUGAAAUUAUUGGGAGGUGCAAGGGUUCAUGAAGACGGG